GUACCUGCCCUGACGUUUGCUGAUGUUGACAAACGCGCUCGGUGGGAAAUGUCAAGCCAGCGUUUGACACCUCCCCAAAUAAAAAUCAAGCACCAUUCUUUUCACACGCAGUGAAUCGGAAAAGUGAAUCUGGAUUUCCUUCUGCUCUAGUCCCUUCAGAACGUUUAUGUAUGCGGUGUAAGGCCGCAUUACCGCUAGGUGUAUUUUAAACAUGAGUGCAAAGACUGGCGAAGAAGCAAAAGCGCAAACCAAAGCAGGCAACGACAUGCCCACCACCGACAAGCGGCGGGCGCACAAUGAUGGCACCGCGGAACAAUCCGAAGCCGGGUCUUCAGCGCGCGAGGAUGAUACUUCUACGCCACCCGCAACCAAGCGUACCAAACGCUGCGACGACAGCAACACGGAGCUAGUCUCAAUUAAUGGAUGUUUCUUCAAUGACGAAUUUCGCGAAAAAUUUAAAGCGGCCUGGCAGGGCAAAGAAAGCAUUACCGGUCACAAUUACCAGCUCAAGCAAGAUCCCUUCCAGCUGGCCGUAUUUCAACACUUUCUGCAGGAGGAUGUUAACCGUGCGAAUGCAACGAAACGUCUCGAGGCGGAAUUCAGUACAGUCGAUUGGAAACGGAAGCAGAUGGAUCUGUACGAGUUUUACCAGACCAACGAUCUGUGCAGCCUCGAUCGAGAUUAUCUGCAAGCGUUCUACACAGUACUGAAGGAACAAAUGAUGCCACUGGUGGAAGAACUGACCGGGAUAAAGCUUACGCACGUGUCGGCUUCCUGUUCGAUGUACAAUGCGGGCGAUUAUUUGCUCGUGCAUGACGAUUUACUUUCCGAUCGUCGGAUAGCGUACGUGUUCUACCUUAGUCCCUGGGAUUGCCACAGGCAAUGGUUUGAAAAGGACGGCGGAGCGUUGGAGUUGUUCAAAGCGGACGGGAAUCAAUUGCCCGUUUUCCCGGUAACGGAUAAAAUCUACCCACAGAACAAUCAGUUGGUGUUGUUUAGAGUGUGUGAAAAAUCUUUCCAUCAAGUAGGCGAGGUGACAACCUUCGAGUACCCACGGUUAACCAUCAACGGAUGGUUUCAUGGACCAGCGCCCGGUGGAAAAGGGAAUGCUGGGAAUGUUUCGCACGCACUUUCAAUUAUAGUCGAUACGCACUAUAUCAGUCCGCGAAAGGUCGAAAUUGAUCUUGCCGAGUGGAUUAACGAUGUGUAUCUGGUCGACGAGGUAAAACAGAACGUGCAGAAGAAGGUUGAAAUGUUUUCGGAAGUUUCGCUGGAACAGUUUCUGCUGCUGCCCCGAUUUACGGAACUGUUGGAAAACCUUGCCACCGCACAGAAUCUGGAGUGGAAAAUCAAGGGACCGGCACAUUUACGAAAGUACGAAGUGCUAAACUUUAAAUCCCUACCCGAAGCUAGUCCACUGGUAGCGAUGUACGAUUUGUUCACGAGCAAAACGAUGUUUCGUCUGCUGUACGAUUACACCGAGCUGGAUCUGUAUGGGAAAAAGGCGAAAACACCUAAAUGUGCCAUCGAGCUGCAACGUUGGGAGCGUGGUUGCUACACGGUGCUUGGCGAUUCGUCCACGUACGCCGACAGCACGCUGGAUCUAACGUUUUAUCUUAACGCGCAGGAAAAUGUCGGGGUGAUUACCUAUCUAGUGCCGGAAGGUGAUCAACAGCAGCAGCAGGGAUCGGGUAGCACUAAUCGUCACGAUGAUCAACCGUCAGCAUCAUCAUCGUCAUCGUCUGCAUACGCGGAAUGUUACGACGAGGAUCCUGUACUGUUAACGUUACUGCCAAAGGACAACGUGUUGAACGUGGUGUACCGUGCGGAAGGAACGACCAAGUUUACCAAAUACGUCUCGCACAAUACGUAUCUCGAAAAGGCUAACGAUAAUGGUCACGCUUAUACGUACAUAUUGGUCUGUAGCUACAAGGAGUAGACACGGAAAGCAACGUUUCUCCCAUAUUCGUACUGAGUGUUUCUUUUGCGCAAUAAAACUGCACAUGAAUAAC